CAUACACGCGCGCGCACCCGCACCCGCGCGCCUGCAUCCCGUGCUGUCUCCCUGGCAGACACACAGGCGCUCUCGAGUUUCUCCUGGCCAGCCCGCAGGGCAGAGACCCCCUAACCCAGCCCCAGUCCGCCCUUGGCCAGCAGCCGCUUCACUCGGGACCGCUCCCUGGAGGCCUCGGUCACAGCCAUCUGGCCCCGACCCUUCCGUGACUGCUGCUGCUGCUGUCGCCGGGACGUGGAAGCUGCAAGGGGCACUGGGUCACGACAGACUCACGGUGAUUACAGACUAUUGGACAUACAAAUCCAGGAUCCAUAAGACUUUACCACCUUGAAUCAAAGAUUUCUUUCAUACUCUCCUUGUCUUUACUUCAUAUCAAGUGGCGUUUUGUUUUAAAGAAUUAGUGCAUUUGCCACAAGGGAGUUUUUAAAAAUAAACUCCUGUACUUUCCAAUGCCUAAGAAUAGCAAGGUGGUAAAAAGAGAAUUAGACGAUGAGGUUAUUGAGUCUGUCAAAGACCUUCUUUCCAAUGAAGACUCGGCUGAUGAUGCUUUUAAAAAGAGUGAACUAAUUGUUGAUGUCCAAGAAGACAAAGAUACAGAUGUUGAAGAAGGGUCUGAAGUUGAAGAUGAGAGACCAGCUUGGAACAGUAAACUGCAAUACAUCCUGGCCCAAGUUGGAUUUUCUGUAGGUUUAGGGAAUGUGUGGCGGUUUCCAUACCUAUGUCAGAAGAAUGGAGGUGGUGCAUAUCUUUUACCAUACUUAAUACUACUUCUGGUAAUAGGUAUUCCCCUUUUUUUCCUGGAACUUUCUGUUGGUCAAAGAAUUCGGCGAGGCAGCAUUGGUGUAUGGAAUUACAUAAGCCCUAAACUAGGCGGGAUUGGAUUUGCAAGUUGUGUAGUGUGCUAUUUUGUGGCCCUUUACUACAAUGUCAUCAUUGGCUGGAGUUUGUUUUAUUUCUCUCAAUCUUUUCAGCAACCACUUCCUUGGGAUCAGUGUCCUUUGGUGAAAAAUGCUUCACACACUUUUGUAGAGCCAGAAUGUGAAAAAAGUUCUGCCACCACCUAUUACUGGUACAGAGAAGCCCUGAAUAUCUCCAGCUCCAUUUCUGAGAGUGGGGGCUUAAACUGGAAGAUGACCGUCUGCUUGUUGGCUGCCUGGGUCAUGGUCUGUUUGGCUAUGAUCAAAGGCAUUCAGUCUUCUGGAAAAAUCAUGUAUUUUAGUUCUCUGUUCCCAUACGUGGUACUUAUAUGCUUCCUAAUCAGAGCACUCCUUUUAAACGGUUCCAUUGAUGGUAUUCGCCACAUGUUUACCCCCAAGCUGGAAAUAAUGCUGGAGCCUAAAGUCUGGAGAGAAGCUGCUACUCAGGUGUUCUUUGCCUUAGGUCUGGGAUUUGGUGGCGUCAUUGCCUUUUCAAGCUACAACAAGAGAGACAACAACUGCCACUUUGAUGCUGUCCUGGUGUCCUUCAUCAACUUUUUCACUUCUGUCCUGGCGACCCUGGUGGUGUUUGCAGUUCUGGGAUUCAAAGCGAAUGUCAUAAAUGAGAAAUGCAUUGCACAAAAUUCAGAAAUGAUCAUAAAAUUUUUGAAAAUGGGAAACCUCAGUCAGGAUAUUAUUCCUCAUCAUAUCAACCUUUCAGCUGUUACUGCAGAAGAUUACCAUCUAGUUUAUGACAUCAUUCAAAAAGUGAAAGAAGAAGAGUUUCCUGUUCUUCAGCUCAAUGCCUGUCAAACUGAAGAUGAGCUAAAUAAAGCUGUGCAGGGAACUGGUUUAGCUUUUAUUGCCUUUACAGAAGCGAUGACACAUUUCCCUGCCUCUCCCUUCUGGUCAGUGAUGUUUUUCCUCAUGCUGGUGAAUCUGGGGCUUGGCAGCAUGUUUGGAACCAUUGAAGGAAUCAUCACGCCUAUUGUCGACACUUUCAAAGUGAGGAAAGAAAUUCUUACUGUUAUAUGUUGUCUCCUGGCAUUUUGUAUUGGCCUGAUAUUUGUGCAACGCUCUGGAAAUUACUUUGUUACUAUGUUUGAUGAUUAUUCUGCUACACUGCCUCUGCUCAUUGUAGUCAUUUUGGAGAACAUUGCUGUAUGCUUUGUUUACGGCAUAGAUAAGUUUAUGGAAGACCUCAAAGACAUGCUGGGCUUUGCUCCCAGCAGAUAUUACUACUAUAUGUGGAAAUAUAUUUCUCCUCUAAUGCUGUUGUCAUUGCUAAUAGCUAGCAUUGUGAAUAUGGGAUUAAGUCCUCCUGGUUAUAAUGCAUGGAUCGAAGAUAAGGCAUCUGAAGAAUUUCUGAGCUACCCCACGUGGGGAAUGGUCAUCUGCAUCUCUCUGAUGGUCCUUGCAAUACUCCCCGUCCCGGUGGUCUUCAUCGUUCGUCGCUGUAAUCUCAUAGAUGAUAGUUCUGGUAAUUUGGCCUCUGUGACCUAUAAGAGAGGAAGAGUCCUUAAAGAGCCUGUAAACUUAGAGGGAGAUGAUGCCAGUCUCAUUCAUGGAAAGAUACCAAGCGAGAUGUCAUCUCCAAAUUUUGGUAAAAAUAUUUAUAGAAAACAGAGUGGAUCACCAACUCUGGAUACUGCUCCCAAUGGACGGUAUGGAAUAGGGUACUUGAUGGCAGAUAUGCCAGAUAUGCCAGAGUCUGAUUUGUAGUUGGGGGGGAAAGUCAGGGGGUUUUAUUUGGCUUAUUUUUAUCAAUGAAUAUUGGCUCUACUAAGAGAAGCAUUAGGCUUCACUUAUCAGAGGGCGAUCUCAGGUGUUCCAUGGCUGUGGUCUUUAAUCUUAACAGUCUGUGAAAUCCAGCUAGAGCGUUCCUUUGGAUUCUUUGGUUUACAUUUGUGUGGAAAGGAUUACAGACAAAACUCCACAAUGACUGAGGUCCAUGUAUGUCAGGAUUUUUUAAAGUACUUUUGGUAUAUUUUCAAGUAUUUCUAUCUCUUAACAGGUGUUACCUCAGUUUAUAAUAAUUUCUGGAUUUAAGAGUAUUGGCAAUUCAACAAUGGCAUAUCUUAAAUUUUUUAAGUUUGCCUUCAGGAAAACUCCCAGUGUUACAAUAAGUCAGUUCUGUAAAUCGGUGCCUCUCAGCACAUUUCCCUGAAUAUACCGUGUAGAUAGGCUAUACUUAUUUUGGUAGCAUUGAUGAUACCUUCUUAGGCAAUUAGCUGAAGAAAACUGCAAAGUAUUUUUCUUAUGUAAUAGCUGUAUAGAGCAAUAGUAUCAAAGAAUAAGAAGGCACUCAUGCUAGGAUGCAAGGUUAGCUUCAGAGGUGACUGAGGCUCAUGUGAGCGAUGGCUGUGUAUUUUAUGUAAAAUAUAUGUGUGAAAAUGAGCUAAGAGUGAGUAACUCAGCACUCUCAAGAAGUAUGCAGGUUCUGCAUUUUUCUUAUGCCGUGUGCCUAAAAACCUACUUGAUAUUUAUUGUGGUUUCAAGAUAACUCAUAGUAUAUUUAUAAAAUAUACUUGCAAUGUACAUAGAUGUAUAUUAGUACUUUAAGUACUGA